AAUAAUAAUUACCAAUAAACCCUAAUUAUCUUUCUUCUCACACACUUUCUAUAUCUGUAUCUAUAUAUAUCACUUAAGGGAAAUUAAAUAAAAUAAAAAAAAGAUUGUGUUUUUUUAUUAUAUUUAUUGAGGAAUUGAAUAUAUGUCCGUCAAUCAAUCAAGAGGUGCUGACAAAAACGAAUUCAAAAGAUCGGGUCGAUCCGGUAACCCGAAUUCGCCAAGAAACUAUCCCGGCGUCGGUGGUGGGAAGGGUGGCGGUGGAGGUGGCACUACCACCGCCCCUCCUUCCGGUACUAAUUCUUAUUCCGGUAAUAAAAGUUUUAAGAAAGUGGUUGCUAAUAAUGCUCAAGGAGCACAGAAUAGAGGACCUGGUUCGAACCCGAAUGUAAAUUCGAAUUAUUCGAGUGGUGGUGGGAGAGGUGCACCUAAUGGGCCACAUAAUCAACCGUCGUCAAGAGGAACUUCUGAUGUUUCAUCUACAGGGGCUCCUGCAAAGUUGGCGGAUUCAUCAGUCCAAAAGAGCAGCCCAGGCCUGCCAAAGGCUCCACAAAGCCAUCCAGCUUCUCACAGUUCUGGCACCACUGGUGCCACAGGUUCCACCACUCCUGUCAAGGGUUCCGGGGAUGCUUCCAGGGCUUUUCCACUUCAGUUUGGAUCUAUUAAUCCUGGUGUUAUGAAUGGAAUGCAGGUACCUGCUCGAACCAACUCUGCUCCUCCCAAUUUGGAUGAGCAAAAACGGGCUCAGGCGCGUCUUGAUUCCUUAAAAGCUGCUGCUUAUCAAAAUCAAGCUGCUUCAAAACAACACUUAACAAGAAAAGAUACCAGACCUGUUGAUCAGCCUAAUGUCUCAGAGGCCCCUCCUACCUCAAGAGAUAAAAAGGAAGUGCUUUCUUCAGCUCCCCCCGUUACAGUACACUCUCAGAAACCAACUGGUCCUCCUGUACCUUCUGUACCAGGGGUUUCUAUGCAAAUGCCAUUUCCCCAAUCUCAAAUUCAUCUUCCUUUUGGUGGCCCAAAUCCACCAUUGCAAUCCCAGCCCAUGGUCAAUACCUCAUUGGCAGUGCCACUCCCCAUGCAUAUACCUCAAGUCCAACCACAGGUAUUUGUCCCGAGCAUCCAACAUCAUCAGGGGAUCAUUCAUCCAAGUCAAGGUUUGACUUUCUCACCUCAGAUGGCUCAGCUCGGAAAUAUGGGGAUGGGGCUAGGACCGCAAUACCCACAACAGUCUAUGGGGAAUCUGAAUUUUGGUGGUGCACGUAGAACAGUAAAGAUAACUCACCCAGAUACUCAUGAGGAGCUACGGUUAGAUAAAAGGACCGAUGGCUAUCUGAAUGGCGGGACAUCUGGUUCAAGACCACACCCUCAUGGGCAGCCUCAGUCUCAGGCGGUUCCAUCUUUUCCACCUUCUCACCCGAUUAACUAUUAUCCCGGAUAUAAUCUCAAUCCCCUUUAUUUCCCGACACAUGGUGGUACACAGAGCACUUCUGGUUCUCAAGCACCUCGGUUUUAUAAUCAGCCUUCUAAACAGGUGACAGUAAAACCGGCAGUUUCACACGUUGAAAAGGUUGCUGGUUCAUCACCGAGCAUAGAGAAAAGUGACACUACUAAAAGUCAAAAGUCAGUUACAGAAGGUACCACUGGUCAACCUCAUAAGGAUUCAGAAACGAAUUCUGCUAGCUCUUUACCGCAUUUGGAAAAAAGUGACAUUACUAAAAGUCAAAAGGCAGUUGCAGAAGGUACCUCUGGUCAACCUCAAAAGGAUUCAGAGACAAAUACUGGUAGCUGUUUACCACAAUUGGAGAAAUGUGACACUACUGAAAGUCAAGAGGCAGCUGCAGAAGGUACCUCUGGUCAACCUCACAAGGAUUCAGAGACAAAUGCUGGUAGCUCUUUACAACAAUUGGAGAAAAGUGACAUUACUAAUAGUCAAGACGCAGUUGCAGAAGAUACCUCUGGUGAACCUAAUAAUGCUGGUAGCUCUUUACCACAACUGGGGAAUUUGAAAAAUACUAUUGCUGCUUCCGCUCCUGUUGAGGAUUGCGUGCCACCUGUGAAUAGUCUGCCUGAAGUUGUAAAAGAAACAAUGUUUGACAGAUCUGGAUUGCUUCAAGAGGAACAGAAGCAGCCCGGGAAAGAGGUCUUUUCUGUCCCUGUAGACAAGAUCGAUGGGCAAUCUUCCUUUGUUUCAAGCUUAUCAGUAGGACAUCUUAAUUCCAAGGAUAUUGGUGUUCAAGAAACAUCAAAGCCUUCUACUCUUUCCAUGCAAACUAGCAAUAAAGCAGUGCCUUCAAAUGUUGCUGAUGAGUCUGUUUCCAGGUGUGAGAGUUAUGAAAAAGACGUUGACUCUACCGAAAUUAUUGGUUCUGGAACCCAUCCUGAUAACCCCCUUUUAGGAGGAGAACCAAUAGCUGAAGUUGUUGUGCCAGAAGAACCAGUCAAAGAUCCUGCCGACCAAAAUCAAGAUAGCACAGUCUCAGAUGCAACUGGUGCACAACAAAAAGAACCCAUUAAUGAUACUGACGAUAAAUCAUCAGGGUCAAUUUCCACUUCUGAUCAUGGUGAUCAGAUCUCCAAUCUGGAUGAUCAUUCAAAUAAGUUUAAUGGGAGAGAUGUUGACCAAGUCAAUAAUCCCGUAACGUCAACUGAAGAGUCACCUGCCAUUUCACUUUCUGUUCCAGAAGCACCUUCAGCUUUAGAGGUAGAAACUACAGGCCCGAUUUCUCCAUCUUCUAGUAAAGUCAAGGGUAAUGCAUCUAAAGGGAGGAAAAAAAUAAGAGAGAUCUUGAAAAAUGCUGAUGCUCGCGGGACUACUUCUGAUCUUUAUAAUGCAUAUAAACGUCCAGAAGAUAAGAAAGAUACUUCAUCUGCUGUAGAAAAUCCAUCAGUUAAUUUUCCAGAAAAAGAGGUUUUGUUGGAUGAGAAACGUGGUCCUACCAAAUAUGAACCUGAUGACUGGGAGGAUGCUGCAGACAAUUCUACUCCCAAAAUGGAAACAGGUUUGAAACAUCACAGUGAGGAUGACAAUGAAGGAAUGACAAAGAAGUAUUCCAGAGACUUCCUACUGAAAUUCUCGGACCACUGUACUGAUCUUCCUGUAGGUUUUGAAAUAACACCCGAAAUAACUGAAGCUUUGUCGGUAUCAGGUGUCAAUUUGGUUCGUGAUUCGUACCCAAGUCCAGGUAGAGGCGGUGACAGGGCAGUGUCAGGGCCACGGCUUGACCGUCGCUUAAGUAAUUUAGGUUUAGAUGUCAGUUGGAAUAAAGGGCCAGGAACAAUGGCUCCAGGAACCAUGUCUCCAGGAUGGGACCCAAGAGUUGAAAUGAAUUUUCCUGGAAGAGGCGUUAACCAUGGCGUGUUACGAACCCCACGUGGUCAGCCACCUGGUCAGUACAUUGGUGGCAUUUUAUAUGGACAAAUGCAGUCCCCUGGUCAACUAGGCGUUCCUAUGCAACGAAAUAACUCAGAUUCUGAUAGGUGGCAACGUGGUACUAAUUUUCAGAAGGGCUUAAUACCUUCUCCACACACCCCAGUGAUGCAUAAAGCUGAAAGAAAGUAUGAAGUUGGUAAAAUAACCGACCAAGAGCAAGCAAAACAAAGACAAUUGAAAGGUAUUCUGAACAAGUUGACUCCACAGAAUUUCGAAAAAUUGUUUGAUCAAGUCAAACAAGUCAACAUUGACAAUGCCGAUACUCUAUCUGGUGUUAUUGGACAAAUAUUCGAUAAGGCUUUGAUGGAACCGACUUUUGUAGAAAUGUACGCCAAUUUUUGUUCUCGGUUAUCUGUGGAGCUUCCUGAUUUUAGUGAAAAUAACGAGAAGAUUACUUUUAAGAGAUUAUUAUUAAAUAAAUGUCAAGAGGAAUUUGAAAGAGGGGAGAGAGAAGAAGAAGAAGCUAAUAGAACUGAAGAAGAAGGUGAAGUUAAGCAGACAGAAGAGGAACGGGAGGAAAAAAGAGUCAAGGCCCGAAGACGCAUGCUGGGUAAUAUUAGACUUAUUGGUGAAUUGUACAAGAAAAGAAUGUUGACCGAAAGAAUUAUGCAUGAAUGUAUAAAGAAACUCUUAGGCGUUAAUCAGACCCCUGAUCCUGAUGAGGAAAAUAUCGAGGCAUUAUGCAAAUUAAUGAGCACUAUAGGGGAGAUGAUUGAUCACCCAAAAGCUAAAGAACACAUGGAUGUGUAUUUUGAUAUGAUGCUUAAGUUAUCAAAUAAUAUGGAUUAUUCUUCACGAGUGAGAUUCAUGUUAAAAGAUGCAAUUGACCUUAGAAAAAACAAAUGGCAGCAACGAAGGAAGGUUGAAGGUCCAAAAAAGAUCGACGAAGUGCAUAGGGAAGCUGCUCAAGAACGUCAGGCUCAAGCUAAUCGAUUGGCCCGUGGACCUAGUUCCAACCCAUCGACUAGAAGGGCUCAGAUGGACUUUGGACCUAGAGGGUCGAACGUUUUACCUUCAACCCCUCAAAUGGGUGGUUAUCGUGGAUUACCCCAACAGUUUCGGGCUUAUGGAAAUCCAGAUCCAAGACUUGACACUUUUGAGACUAGGCCAUUGUCGGUUCCUUUGAGAACCAUGAAUGAUGACACUAUUACCCUCGGGCCCCAAGGUGGUUUAGCAAGGGGAAUGUCAAUUAGGGGCCAGCCAUCAAUGCAAGGCAUACCAUUGCAUGACGUGGACUCUAGAAGAGGAGUUGCUGGUCCUAAUGGUUAUGGUUCCAUGUCUGAGAGAGCAGGUUAUGGGCAAGAAGAUUUAGCUUCAAGAUGGUUUUCUCGGCCAAUUUAUGACCCAUCCAAUAUACAGGAACAAAACAUGAACUAUGUGAACAGGGACACGAGGAAUGCAGGCCGCGGUUUUGUUCAGGUUUCACCAUCAUCACCACCUGAACAUGCCAGAGUGACUACUCCACUACAAAGUGGUCCUUCAGAUACGGUCAUGUCUGAAGAGCAUUUACAUGAUAAGUCCAUAGAGACGAUUAAAGAGUUCUACAGUGCAAGAGAUGAAAAAGAAGUUGCUUUGUGCAUCAGAGAUCUGAAUGCACCCAGUUUCUAUCCAUCGAUGAUAUCCAUUUGGGUCAUUGAUUCUUUUGAGAGGAAAGACGUGGAUCGGGAAUCACUUACUAAACUUCUCGUUAAUCUUGCUAGAUCUCGGGACGGAAUUCUAAGUCAGGAAUCGCUUGUUAGAGGAUUUGAAUCUGUUUUAUCAACACUGGAGGAUGCUGUGAAUGAUGCACCAAAAGCUGCAGAGUUUCUUGGUCGUAUCUUUGCAAAAGUGCUUUUAGAGAACGUCAUCCCUUACACAGAAGUGUGGCGUUUGAUAUAUGAAGGUGGAGAAGAGCAAGGAAGACUUGUGGAAAUAGGUCUAGCAGCCGAGGUUCUUGGAGUCAUUUUGGAGAUCAUUAAAGCAGAAAAAGGUGACCCCUUUUUAAAUAAUAUGCGUAUGGGUUCUGAUCUUCGGUUAGAGAACUUCCGUCCUCCAACAAUCAAGAAAACGUUGAGGUUAGAUAAGUUUAUCUAGAUCUAGAUCAUAAGUAAAGAUGCUCGUUUUUAUCUUUAGAAGGAUAUAUUGAUAGCAGUUGGUAUAUAUUUUUUAGGAAGGUUGUUUUUAUCCUUCAUUGUUCUAAAUUAUUAUCAACGCUAAAAAGAUUAACUGCAAUCUUUAAAGGUUCAAAUGAGCAUCUAGAUUUUACUUGCUGAUCCCACGGUUCUAUAUUUGAACAUGUAUUUGCUUGAAGUUUUAAGUCACAUUUUUGUGUGCGAUAUAUUUGAACAUUUCCUGUUUACAAUGAA